AUGGCAAAAGAGAUCAUGGCUGGUGGCGACCAUGGCGAAGGAGACGAGGAGGAGGAGGAAGACAUGCUUCCCGGGUUCCGGUUCCACCCCACUGACGAGGAGCUGGUCACCUUCUACCUCCGGCGGAAGGUGGCCGGGAAGCGCCUUAGCAUCGAGAUCAUCAAGGAUUUCGACAUCUACAAGCACGACCCAUGGGACCUUCCAAAGUCGAGCUCGAUCUCGGGAGAGAAGGAAUGGUACUUCUUCUGCCUGCGGGGGAGGAAGUACAGGAACAGCAUCAGGCCCAACAGGGUCGCCGGCUCCGGCUUCUGGAAGCCAACGGGCAUCGACCGCCCCAUCCAUUCCGCCCCCUCCGGCCGCUCCGGUGACCCCAUCGGCCUCAAGAAGUCGCUUGUGUUCUACCGCGGCAGCGCCGGCAAGGGCACCAAGACGGAGUGGAUGAUGCACGAGUUCCGCCUCCCGCCGCGCGCCGAGAACGCCCACACUUCGCCCAGCGAGCAAGAGGCGGAGGUGUGGACCAUCUGCCGGAUCUUCAGGAGGAACUUCACCUACAAGAAGCACCCGCAGCAGCAGGUCACCGGCAGCAAGGUGUCCGCCGCCGCGGCCGUCGUCGUGCAGCCCGGGGAGUCUAUCUCCGUCACCGGCAGCCUCGAGUCGGACACCGGGGACGAGUACACGAACGACCUGCCACAGCCCCCUCUGCAAGCUCCGGCGGUGAUAGACGACUACGACUACGGCUACGGCUACGGCCAGCAGCACCAGCAGCCGCUUCAGCAGGCCCAGUGGAACAGCCACGCGCUGCAUGCAGCGGCCACGGCGCCGCUGCUGUCACCGACGAUGGCCGCGUUCCACCACGGAGUGCUCAGUAGCCCUGCUGUCGGUGGGCUAGACGACAUGUACUACAAAGAUGGGUCCAGCUGGGACGACAUUGGCAGGAUGGAUAUUCGUGCACGCGAUUCUACCAUCAAUGAGAUUGCGGAUAAAUUACGGGAGACUGCAGAAGCAGCUGAAACUGCUGCUUCUGCGGCACGUUCAAUUGAUGAAGAGAGAAGGUUUUUUACGUCAGAACUUGAACGUCUGAAACAAGACCAUGAGAAACAAGUUGAAGCAUCUUUGCUUAGGUUAAGGGAAUCGGAGGAGAAAGCAAAGCUUCUUGUUGAAGAGAGAGAUCGUUUGCUUACAGAGAGAGAUUCUGCUCUUCAAGAAGUUCAGAUGUGGCGCUCGGAACUUGGAAAAGCUAGAGGAAAUGCUGUAAUUCUAGAAGCAGCUGUUGUCAGAGCUGAAGAGAAAGCUAGGGUCUCAGCAGCAGAUGCUGACGUCCGGAUAAAAGAAGCCAUGAGCCGACUUGAGUCUGCCAUCAAAGAAAAGGAGGAUCUCCUAGCCCUUGUGGAUGCUCUACAAUCUCAAAUACAAAGCAGGCAAGAGACUAGCACAAGACAGGUUUGUGAAGAGAGCUCGGAGCUCUGCUCUACUGCUUCAAAGCACAUGGAAGAUGAUAAUGUUGAUAAAGCUUGCGUAAGUGAUACAGAUCUAAUACCGGUUACAGAGAACAUUGUUGAGUUGGAUGACGAGGUUGUCGAUAUCCCUACAGUGGGGGACACUGAGUGGGAUAAUCCCCAUUCUUCUGAAGUGUCUGAUGUAAGGGAAGUAACCACAGAACCCGAAGAAAACAGCUUGGACAUUCCUGUAUGUCGAUACUCGAUGUCCAACCUUUUUGUGAGAAUUGCUUAG